UCAGUCACAUUUGUAUCUCGUUUGCGCUCGCAUUGAACAAAGCGCUGUCAGCGAUUACCAAACACCAACAAUUGUUUUAAAAACAACGCAGGACAAUUGAAUGUGGCACACCCAGGCCUGGCUGCUCAUUAUUGUGCUCAGCAUUUGCGGCAUAAUCUCAGCAGAGCAUGCAGAGAUACUCAAAUUCGAAAAUGAAAAGCUAGACAGCGAUGGCUAUGCCUUCUCCUUUGAGACCAGCGACGGCAUCUCGCGACACGAGACGGCAAAGCUGCAACAUGCUGGGACGCCCCAAGAGGCAAUCUCAGUGCAAGGCAGCGUCAACUGGGUGGGACCUGAUGGCGUGCAGUAUAAACUCAACUAUUUGGCGGAUGAGAAUGGCUUUCAGCCGCAGGGCGAGCAUUUGCCGCGCAUGCGCUGAUCACGUGCGCCUUAAGCUUGCUUGGAGUUUCUUUUGCAAAUCUUUAGACAUAUAUGUUAGUAGAUAACAAAGACUUGUGUG